AUGUCAGAGUUCAGCUGGGCCCUGCUCCUCCUCUCCAUGCUGGUCCUGCUCACACAGUCUCCAAGGUCACGGGGAGCAGAUGUGACGAUCCUUCCCCGGAAAUCUUUGAUUGAUGCCUGCACCCUGGUCAUGUGUAGCCCUGUGGAGGAUGGCCUGCCUGGUCGUGAUGGACGAGAUGGGAGAGAAGGCCCCCGGGGCGAGAAGGGGGAUCCAGGUUCACCAGGAGCUAGAGGACCCAUGGGGAUGCCUGGACCUGCUGGCCCAGUUGGGCCCAAAGGGGACAACGGUCCUGCUGGAGAACCUGGACCGAAAGGAGACUCAGGGCCAUGUGGACCUCCGGGACCUCCAGGUGUGCGCGGGCCGGCUGGACCAGAGGGUCCCUCAGGAAUGCAGGGGAAUGUAGGACCCCAAGGCAAACCAGGCCCCAAAGGAGACGUUGGACCCAAAGGAGAAGUGGGUGCCCCAGGCGUGCAGGGCUCUGCAGGGACAAGAGGACCCCCAGGUCCCAAAGGAGAGAAAGGUGCCCCUGGUGAGCGUGGAGCCCCUGGGCGUACAGGGGAAUCAGGGACUGCAGGACCCCCGGGACCACAGGGACCUCCAGGCGCCAGGGGCUCCCCAGGACUGAAGGGGGACAGAGGUGCUCCUGGGGAGAGAGGACCAAAGGGAGAGAGUGGGCUUCCAGACAUCGCUGCUCUGAGGCAGCAGGUGGAGGCCUUGCAGGGGCAGGUAGGACAACUUCAGGGAGCCUUCCUUCAGUAUAAGAAAGUGGAGCUCUUCCCCAAUGGCCGAGGUGUUGGCCAGAAGGUCUUCAAGACAGCAGGCUUUGAGAAACCUUUCCAGGAAGCAGAACAAGUGUGCGCACAGGCCGGGGGGCAGCUGCCCUCCCCACGCUCUGCAGCUGAGAACGAGGCCUUGCAACACCUGCUGGAGGCUGAGAACAAAGGAGCUGCGUUCCUGAGCAUGACUGACUCCCAGACGGAGGGCAGGUUCACCUACCCAGGAGGGGAGCCCCUGGUCUAUUCCAACUGGGCCCCCAGGCAGCCCGACAACUAUGGCGGCAUUGAGCACUGUGUGGAGAUCUUCACCAAUGGCAAGUGGAACGACACACCCUGUGGAGAGAAGCGCCUUGUGAUCUGCGAGUUCUGAGCCCUUGGGAUGGGUGAGGCAGCCAUGGUCCAGGAUCCUGGCCCAGACCCGUGUGCUGCUCACAUGACAAGGAAGAGCUGACAUCACUGUGACCGGGCUUCUGCACAGAGCCGUGGGAUGAGACCAGCCAAGGGCUCCCAUGGAACUCCUCUCUCAGAAUAAAAUAUGAAACUUGCUUCAGUGGCUCUUCUGUCAGAGGAAUUAGGGGCCAGCCUGCUUUCCCUUUCACAAGGGAUAAAAUUAAGUCCCAAAAUCCACAGGCUCCUUCUCAGUCCUCUGCCUCCUCAAACUGUCAACCCACUAGUCACUCCCUCCUCUGUCACUCCCUCCUCUGUCACUCCCUCCUCUGUCACUCCCUCCUCCGUCACUCCCUCCUCUGUCACUCCCUCCUCUGUCACUCCCUCCUCUGUCACUCCCUCCUCUUGCUUUGGUGUCCCCUUAUGGCAGUUCCUUAUCUUCCUCUUUUGCUAGCCCCUCCUCCUCUUCUUGACCACUUAAUGGCGACCUGCUCAAGCCUUAGCUCUCCAUUCUCUCCCCUCCUCAUCCUCACUCCAGGGAGGAGCUCAUUCUUUCCAGGGCUCAGAUCCCUGGCACCCACAUUACAUGCCUGCUCAGGUCCUACUGGAGCCCCGGACUCCUUGGCCAAUGCCAGCUGGAGCCCCAGGGCUGGGCAGUUCCAGUGGCUGCUCUUUGUUUCAAGGCCUGAGCCCUGGAAGUGGGCUGACCUGGCAGGUCAUCUGCCUCCAUGGCAGGACUGUGUGGCCCAGUUGAGUAGCCUCCUCCGCAUCCCUGCACACCAGGACCUCAUUCUACCCUGUCAUUGUGACUGCCUGUCGGCUCAUGGGAGGGAGUCCCUCCUGCACAUCCUCAUUCCAGCUGAGAUCUCAGGCACAGAGGGUCCAGCCACGAUCAGGUUCACCCCCAGCCCUGCCCUGGCCUCCGUCCUGGAGGUU